AACCAGCAGGAGCAGUCAUGAGUGGAGCUCAGCGGAGAGUAGGCACAGCUUCCUGGAUGGAAACAAAACGCAGGAGCAGACACACACACACGCACACACACUCACACACACACACUCGCGCACACACACGCAGGCCAGAUAGGAGCGAGCAGAACGCCCAAACAUGUUGUUAGUUUUUCAUUAAGCCCGGUGCGUGUGUGUGUGUGUGUGUGUGUGUGAGUGAGUGAGAGAGAGGCGGUAACCGGGCGACAGUAGCAUUUCGGCGGUGACGGCAGAAGGUGAACAGCAGACUGUAUCAACACAUGUGCCCGUGGCACAGUGAGAGCACUGCGGCUGUGGUUCUGGACUCGGGCAGCUCCUACACCCAGCGGUCCUACAGGCAAGGAACAUGGAGGCUGUAGCUCCUCUCCAUUUACAGCAGAAGGGCUAGGGAGCAGACCUGAUUACUCCCUCCCCCUCUUGCCUGCGUCGCCCCACCAUGGCCAGCAGGAGUCCUACUCUCAGCCGGGAAGACGGGGGUUCGACACCGGGGACCCCUGAGGCCGGCGCUAAACACCCCCAGCCGGGGCCCGAGGCUUACUGCAAGCUGUGCCUCAGCGAGCAGCUGUCCGCAGCCACCAGGGAGCUGCAGGGCUGCGGCUGUGUCUUCUGCUCAGCGUGUUUGGAGCAGUAUGUUCAGCUGGCCAUCAUGGAGGGAGGGGGGGCACCCAUCACCUGCCCAGAUAUGGCCUGCCUGAAGACCGGAGUGCUACUGGACUCUGAGAUAGCUAGCUUGGCCCCAGAAGACCAGGUGGAGCUGUACCAGCGUCUGAAGUUCGAGCGAGGAGUCAAGUUGGACCCCAGUAAAGCCUGGUGUCCGGUGCUCGAAUGCCAGUCGGUGUGCAGUGUGCAGCUGAGCACUGAGGGCCAGCCCGACGCCGUGCCCUGCCCGACCUGUCUCACCGUCUUCUGCUCCGGGUGCAGAGGGCCCUGGCAGGACGGCCAUACCUGCCCGGAGCGCCAGCCCAUGAUGUCGCCCUCUCGUGAAAGCAGGGCCCGCUCCGGCAGCGACUCUGACAUGCCCAUCAAGCAGUGCCCUAUGUGCGGCAUCUACAUCGAGAGGAACCAGGGCUGUGCACAGAUGCUGUGCAAGAGCUGCAAACACACCUUCUGCUGGUACUGUCUGCAGAAUCUGGAUGGGGAUAUCUUCCUGAGGCAUUAUGAUAAGGGGCCGUGCAGAAACAAGCUGGGACACUCCAGGGCCUCGGUUAUGUGGAACAGAACGCAGGUGGUGGGUAUCCUGGUGGGGGUCAGCAUCAUCGUGCUGGUGACGUCUCCGCUCCUCCUUCUGGCCUCGCCGUGCAUCCUGUGCUGCAUCUGCAAGCCCUGCAGAGGGAAGAAGAAGAAGACCAAGAAGACCAAGAAGACCAAGAUGACGAAGAAGGACCUCAGCCAGCCAGACUCCUCCACGUCAUAGCAGCUCCCCCUUCUCAUCAGCCCGGCCCAACCCAGGAUCACCCCGCUGAUCUAACGAAGCCCAAGGAAACCAAGAGAGAGCAAGCGCUGCGUGGUGGAAAGGAGUAAAACUGAAGGACUUUUUCAUGACUCGGCAGACUGGAAGCCUCGUCAGGGGUUCAGAAAUAUCAUCGAGAUCAUCAAGGGCAGACUCGCACCUUGAAGCUGCUCAAAAAUCAUUCUUGAUUUACGAGAGUACGUACUUUAUACGGUGGAAGUGUAUAUAUGAGGAGAAUGAAUGUAACUCACCUCGUUCUUUUCAGAUGGAUAGGCAGUAAGUAAGGAGACGACGGCUGUGAGAGGUUUCCUGGACAGGGCUUCUAUUCUCUCUAUCUCUCCAACACACACACACACACACACGCACACACACACACAUACAUACCACACACACACACACACACACAGUUCAAAGUGAAACGCCACCCUCAUGUGCCAAACGUCAUGAUGCCAAACCAGAGGUGUUAGGUGCUCAAGUGCCUCACUCUACAGUGCCUGGUUGUAUUUGUUUUGCCUUCCAUUCUAUAUUUAUCUUAUGCAAAAAUGUUAGCAUUAUAAAAAAUGGACAGGGUCCCUUAAAACAAUGCAAAACAUUCUUUGAUAAUGGGAGAAGGCAAACGGUGUCGUGUGUACUCUGUUCUGUACGGAUAUGAAAUAUGAUAGGGCUCCAAUGGUGCACAAAGAACUUUUCUUCUGCAAAUAUUUGUUGUUUCCACCUGGCAUACGUUCCAGACCAAAGGCUUCUAAAGGGUAAUGUGUGCUUUUCUACAGUGUGUUAAUGUGUAUUUAUGGGUUUCGUGUGUAUGGUAUCCGGUUAUUAUUUCUAGAUUUCUGUUGAUGUUUCUGCAUCAGAUAUUUUAUAAAAGCGCCAUUGUAAUUGAAAUAAACACACUGUAUUGAACAUG